UACGACGAACGUGAUUUUUAUGCAAUUAAAUGGUUUGAUAUGGAAGAGCAUACAGAAAAUACGGUUCUUUUUCAGCAAAGUGGUAGUAACUACGGAUCUACAGAAGAGGUGUUGUGUGAGUUUCACUGUCAUGGCGGAAAACCGGAAUUGCUUCCGAAGAACAGUCGUGCAAAACGAGUGUUAUGGCUUUCGGUAAUCGUCUGCUUGUCGUUCAUGAUUUGUGAAGUAAUUGGAGGUUGGAUCGCACAAUCGUUGGCCAUAAUGACUGAUGCAGCACAUCUACUUACUGAUUUUGCCAGCAUGCUGGUAUCACUGUUUGCGUUGUACCUUGCGGACCGCCCAGCCUCUCAACGAAUGAGUUUUGGUUGGUAUCGAGCAGAAGUGCUAGGUGCUUUCUUCUCCGUCUUUCUAAUAUGGAUAGUCACUGGUAUCCUUGUGUAUAUGGCUGUGGAUCGCAUUAUCAGAAAGAACUAUGACAUUGAUGCACGAAUAAUGGCUCUAACAGCGGGGCUUGGAGUACUCGUUAAUAUUGUCAUGACGGCACUACUUUACUUCGGUGGACACACGCACUCCCAUGGUAGAAAUGCGCUGUCAAAUAGCGAACAACGAUCAGAGGGUGCUAACAGAAGUAGCAAUGAGGGCAGUGAUCAGAAUAUUAACGUACGUGCUGCAAUGGUUCAUGUCAUUGGAGAUAUGAUACAAAGUAUUGGAGUUCUAGUAGCAGCUGUAGUUAUAUACAUCAAUAAAGACUAUUCCAUAAUAGAUCCUAUCUGUACCUUGGUAUUUUCUAUUAUUGUUUUAUGUACUACAUUCUACAUCAUACGCGAUGCAGCCGUCGUCUUACUAGAAGGCAGGCCUUCAAGCAUCGAUUAUCAAGCAGUCUUUGAAUCACUGGAAAAUAUUACUGGAGUUGAAAAAGUUCACGAUUUGCGCAUUUGGUCACUGACACUGGACAAAGUUGCAAUAAGUGUGCAUUUGGAAAUCAGUAGUAGAUCUGAUUCUCAGCGUGUAUUAAAAGAUACAACAUUAAUGUUGAGGAACGAAUAUGGAGUGCACGAGAGUACUGUACAAAUUGAAUGUUAUUCAGAAGCGAUGGAUGACUGCAACUUUUGCGUUCGGCCAGACUAA